AUGACCACCGCUGGACGCCUCAGCUUCACCGUGCGAAGGCUCCUGGAUUUACCAGAGCCGGACGCGCAGCACCUGCGGAGUCGGGGACCCGAGCUGCGCGACGUGGGUCCCGGCCCCGGCCCCUGCCCCACCUGGCUGGAAUCCGAGAGCGGCCACUACGCGUCCUCGGACGAGAGCAGCCCAGAGACCAGCCCGCCCACCUCGUCGCAGCGGCCGCCGGCUCUGCCAGCGUCCCCGAGCUCUGACGCGGAGAAGAGGAAGAAGCGGCGGGUGUUGUUCUCAAAAGCGCAGACGCUGGAGUUGGAGCGGCGCUUCCGGCAGCAGCGCUACUUGUCUGCGCCCGAGCGCGAGCAGCUGGCGCGCCUCCUGCGCCUCACUCCCACGCAGGUCAAAAUCUGGUUCCAGAAUCAUCGCUACAAGCUGAAGCGCACGCGCGCGCCGGGAGCGGUGGAGUCGCCCGACUUGGCAGUCGCUGCGGAGCUGAGCGCCGCGCCCGGCCUGCUGCGCCACGUGGUGGUGCCGGUGCUGGUGCGCGAAGGGCAGCCGUGCGGCGGAGGCAGCGGCGACGUGGGCAUCGUCACCCAAGACAAAAACGGCGCGCCCCCGGCCGCCGCCUGCCCUCUGCCCGGCUACGCCGCCUUUGGGCCCGGCUCGGCGCUGGGCCUCUUCCCCGCCUACCAGCACUUAGCGCCCCCCGCCCUGGUCUCUUGGAAUUGGUGA